CCAACCUUAUCUAGCCAUCCUUCCUGUUUCCAAAAAUCAUCUUUACAGAAAUGGUAGCUCUUUCAGUGGCAACCACAACUGUUUCUUCUUCUUCUUCUUCUGUUCUACAAACUAAACUCUCUAACCUCUCCUUAACUCCAUCCCCACUUUCACUCCAUACCCAAUACUUAUUUAAACCCUUAAGACUCCUUAAACUCAAUAACACCCAUUUUCCUAACCCACUUUCUCUCCUCUCUACCCAUCAUUUUAUCCCUAAAUUCUCUGCCUUUGACAGCUUUGAAGUAGACCAAGAUGAUAAAAUUUCAGCUAGAGAUGACUUGCAAUCUGAACCAGAAGAACUUGGCCAAGAAAUUGAAGAAGAAAAAGAAUUUGUACCCGUAGAAUCAAAUGAUGAAGGGAGGCUCUAUGUGGGUAAUUUGCCUUAUUCUAUGACUUCUUCGGAAUUGACUGAGGUUAUGCAAGAGGCUGGUAGCGUGUCCAAUGUUGAGAUUAUAUAUGAUAGGGUUACUGAUAGGAGCAGAGGCUUUGGGUUUGUUACAAUGGCGAGUGUUGAAGAAGCUAAAGAAGCGAUUAAGAUGUUCAACGAAUCACAAAUUGGAGGUCGAACUGUGAGGGUGAACUUCCCUGAAGUGCCUAAGGGAGGUGAGAAGGAAGUAAUUGGAACAAGGAUAAGGACCUACAAGGGCUUUAUUGACAGUCCACACAAGAUCUAUGCAGGAAACCUAGGUUGGCGCUUAACAUCUCAGGGUCUUAAAGAUGCUUUUGCAGACCAGCCAGGUGUAUUAAGUGCCAAAGUCAUCUAUGAGAGGGACACAGGAAGGUCUCGAGGUUUUGGGUUCGUCUCUUUUGAGUCUGCUGAGGAUGCAGAAGCUGCUCUAAAUUCUAUGAAUGGAGUGGAGGUGGAAGGUCGGCCUUUGAGAUUGAAUUUGGCUGCAGAUAGAGCACGCACUCCUCCAGCAGUGGAAUCAAAUGCUGAAGAUAAUCUUGAGACGAGUGAAAUGCUUUCGAGCAUCGGCUCCUAAGGGAAACGCGGUAAAGCUUAAUGGAUGCUUAUGUGUUAUCUGAUAAUGUAGCCUCCUAGUUCUAGAUAUCGAUUCCAUAGUCAUUUUCGUCUAUCACUGCUCCAAUACUGUAUACAUAAUGGCAAGAUUCGAAGCACUGUAUUAUGGGUAGAGUUGUUUUUUUCGCAAAAUGUAUUAGAUUGACAAAGUAUGAGUCUAGUUUUGUGCUCCCAUCUUGUCUUAAAUUGUUGGUAGUUGUUGAAUAAUCCACUGAUGGAAAUGAUGCAUUAUGCUGUAAGAUCCUGAUGGUCCAAACCUUUAAUUUAAAUGGUCUCCAUCCUUAUCUUC